GAAUAAACAGCUUCAUCACUUUGCCGCAACGCAGGUCGCAUCAUUCAACCUUAUUAAACGAUCCGUUCGAGUCGUGAAGCCGUCAAAAUGUCUUACCAGAAGAACGACAAGGAUGUCCAGGAGCCGGCUAAGAGCCACAAGAUCCGCAUCACCCUGUCUUCCCGCAAGGUCCAGGUCCUCGAGAAGGUUUGCACCGAGAUCAUCGACCGUGCUAAGAACAAGGACCUCCGCGCCAAGGGCCCCGUCCGUCUGCCUACCAAGCGUCUGACCGUCACUCCUCGCAAGACCCCUUGCGGUGAGGGUUCCAAGACCUGGGACCGCUUCGAGAUGCGCAUCCACAAGCGUCUCAUUGACCUCCACGCCCCCACCGAGGUCGUCAAGCAGAUCAUUGUCAACAUCGACGCUGGUGUCGAGGUUGAGGUCACCAUUGCCGCUUAAGCGAGCUUCCAAUAUCGUAAAGACGUUGGAGUGACCGAUACCUUGACGUCGGGAGAAAUUAAAUCCUCUCUCGACUCCAAUAGGCUUCUCACAAUAAACUGGUUUACGACAUAC